AUGGCGUCGCCAAUAGCGCAAGCCAAAUGCGACGUCGGCAACAUUGUGAAGAUCAAGAAAAUGGCUUCCAUGUGGCGGAAGCACAAUAGAGCCGGCGGCAGAAGGAAUCCACCCUCUGACGUCCCUCCGGGCCACCUGGCUGUUCUCGUUGGGAUAUUUCGCCGGAGAUAUGUAAUCAAGGUAGAGCAACUGAACCACCCCAUUUUGCAUCAGCUCCUGGACCAGGCGUACGAGGAGUGCAGCCAUCAGAGGGAUGGGCCAUUAGCUUUGCCUUGCGACGAGUCUCUCUUCCGAGAAGUGGUGUGCUCGAUAGAACGCAGCACGAUUACAGAUCCUUCCUCGUGCCGUGUCGAAGAGCGGAGGGACUUGGCCCCGCUUGUGUCUGGAUCUAUGAGAAGUUCGGCGUGCUAG